CUCAUCUUAAUCUCGCAAUUUCAGGAAGGGCAGUAUUUUGAAUUGCAAGACGCCGUCGAACCACGUUGUGUAUUUUGUUGUCGAGUUCUUGCUAAUCUAGGCGGUAUCGUGAUAUACCAGGUUUUGGAUUAUACAUUGUCAAUCAACAUCACUAAUCCGAGAUGCCAUCCUAUUGGCUGGGCGGCAAGUCACCAAGAGGAUGCAGUUGCUUAUUGUCCUGGAAAGUACAGCGCUGAGAACAUCAAGAAAUUUGCUAAGAAUCCCGUUCCUGCCAUAAUUUUCAGGAGGUAUGAAUUGAAGGAGCAUGUUCUCAAGGUCGGCUGUCUGGUCGAGGUGCAAGAUUCCGAACAAAGAGCUGCCAUUUUUCCUGGUCACGUCAGUGAGAUAAUCAAUCCUCACUUCGUGAAAAUUGUUUCGUUUUCGCAUGGUCGUCCCGGCACCAGAGAGAUUGUGGCCCAUCGUGGAACAUAUGGUGUGUUCCCGCAAGGUUUUUGCGCCUCAGUCGGUUAUCAACUUUCUUUACCUCAAAAGUCGAUGCUGAAGGACAGAGAUCUGCCAAAUUACGCAUGGACUUGGAAAUCCUAUGCGGCAGAAUGGGGUAUUUCCGGACUGCCUACCAGCGAGUAUAACUUCGAGCCAAUUCCCGGCAGAGAAGCUAGAAUUGCUCCUAUGAGGCAUGUGGAGGUAUUUUGUUACCAACGCGGAGUCAUGUACGCAGCUUUGAUUCAUCGCGCUGUUCGUAAUCUUGUGCUUAUUGAACUGAGCUGUGACACGACUCCUAAUCCACCGCUGAUGUUUGUUGUUGGCUGCGAUAACCUCUUCCCAUGCGGAUUUGCUGCUAUGUAUGACAUUCCAUUUAUCGGAGAAGCGCCGUUCAUGUCUUUGCCUCCACUAAAAAACGAAGGUGACGUAUGGCUUCCGCGAAUCUACGUCCACCCUUCCUGUCGCGUCGGGCCUUGGUUUACUCGAUCACAAUUUGGUGCUCUAGCUCGAUACUAUGAGGCCGGACCAAUACCUCAUGUCUUCAGAGUGUUGAUAGCGGAUAUCUACCAAUGUGCUUCGCCUGAGCAUCGUUUGGAAGUGCAAAACAUGUUGAACACUGAUGAUGAUGACGUAUCUGCUAUAUAUGUGAAAUUCAAGUGGAGGGUCUCUGCAGAUCAUGUUUUAAUGCGGGUUCCCGUCUGUCGUACAGCUCGUCAAGCAGUAGGGUGGCUCAGGGUGUUGUUACGAUCACUCGGAUGUUGUCCGCACCUUUUUUCUUUCGAAAAAACACCGAAAUGCAAUUGCACCAAGCUCAAACCAGAAGAACGUCGUCGACUGCCUGUAAUACCAGCGGACGUCGCCAGGAGGAUGAAUUCCGUCAAUAGUGGAGAAAAGCGGAAAAAACGUUCUACUAAAGUGGGAACCACCAAACGCCGAAGAACGCUACCACCAUCUCCACCAGGUCAAGAGCCGAGUCAGAAUCAUACUCGAACUGUGCUU